GGGCAGGCCGCGCGCUCACUCCGGCCCGCAACCCGGACCGCAUGCGUGUGCGGAACCGAGUGUGCGGGUUUGCGGCGCGGCCGGCGGGAGAGCGACGUCCAGCAGCUGGGGAAGCAAGAAGCCUUAGGAUUAGAGGGCUCCACUGGCCUUUACUUUGCGCAAGGUUUUGAUUUGUUCUGUUCAGCGAUUUUGAGAAAUUAUGAGUCGAGGAGCUCAUGUUCACAUUUUUUGGGGUGCUCCAGUUGCUCCUCUGAAAAUGACAGUAUCACCGGGAACAACUUCCUUAAUGUCCACUGCCAAUGCCUGGGAACAAAUCCAAUUUUUUUGCAGACAGCAGUCUCCAGAUCUGAAGGGUGAAAACCAGGAGCUUAAAAAUCUGCAAGACUACCAAGUGCCAGGAGCUGUUGGCCCUCCAGCUCUUCUUAGUGAUCACCUUUUAACAACUUAUGUGAAUAGGACUGUGCAGGUGGAAGAUGGCUUCAUCUGUUCUGCUUCUGAAACACAUAGUAUAACAUCCCAGAAGAUUAACCCCUCAGGCCAGAGUGAUAUGACUAAUGUGAAAACAUGUGAAUUUAAGGACAGAGUUCAACAUUUACCCGAAGAAGAAGAAAAUCAAAAGCUUCAGUGUGAAAAUAAGGAAAUUAUAGAUGAGCAGUCUAAAAACCAGUCAAAUCCCUGUUUUCAGAACUUUCAGGCAGAUUUGUCUGCAUUAGAUCAUAAGCGUACAGCUGCAUUGGAUUUGGAUUGUAGUACUGGACAUAUUAAUGUAGGACCAGAAGCUGUGAGAACAAAUCCUGUGCCAAGUGAAUGUGAAAGACAGAGUCAGGAGAUCUUUUCCUCUGGCACAAGGUGUGAGCCAGAGUCUGAGGGAAAGAGUGGGAAGACUUCAAACCAGAAAAUAUCUACCGACACUGAAUUUCUCAGUAUAAUGACUUCCAGCCAGUGUGCUUUUAUAAUUCAAGGGAAUAAUAAAGGACAAGACCACCUAAAUAAAGGGAGUCUAACCAUGGAGAUAAAACCUACAGGAAGUCCAGAAGGAAAACUUGCUGAAGAUAAUCUUGUUAAGUCCAGUGAUGAUUCUGAAGAAGGCUCUGGAAGUGAGAAAAGCCAGGUGUAUUCCCUGGAACUUUUUAGUCCUGUUUGUCCUGAAUCAGAAAGCAGUCGUGUUCACAGAAACCCUGGAAAAAGUCUUGAAGAUAAUAUGAGCUCGAGAGAUCUUUUCAUUAAUGAAACAAACCUGCCACCAAGUGAGGUUUGCAUUGAGUUGUGUAGCUCAGGGAUACUGUGUUCCCAACUAAGUACCUCCCACCUGAGUGCUGCUGAAAGAAGCAGGUCCUCUAAAGACAAUUCCCAUCAUUCUAAAACUCUUUCAGAAGCCUAUCAAAUGUCCAAGAAACCAAGGAUGGAUUCUAAUACAGGAGAGUCAGACACAGCAAUGUCGCAGAGGACCAUGUCUGAAUGUAAGGCCAUCAAAAAAAUAUCAUUAAUAAAAAAUUGUGACUCUAAAAGUCAGAAGUAUAACUGCUUAGUCAUGGUGCUAAACACAUAUAGCGUGAAGGAAAUAAGUGUAAAAUCUGGACCAAAUUCUGGUUCUAAAGUGCCAUUAGCAACAAUUGUAGUAAUCGAUCAAUCAGAAAUGAAGAAGCGAGUUGUUCUGUGGAGGACUGCAGCAUUUUGGGCACUUACAGUGUUUCCUGGGGAUAUAAUUUUGCUUACAGAUGUUACUGUUUAUGAGGAUCAAUGGGUUGGUGAGACAGUACUCCAAUCAACAUUUACCAGUCAGUUAUUAAAUCUUGGAAGUUAUUCACAUGUCCAGCCCGAAAAAUGUUCCAAUAUAGUUGCCAAUUUUAUACUUCAGGACUUACUGGCAUAUGUGUCUUCAAAACAUUCCUAUCUCAAAGAUUUACCUCAGAGGCAGCAUCAGAAAAUGAACACUGUAGAGUUUGUGGAACUGCAACAGCUACAGCCUGAUACAUUAGUCCAUGCAGUACUCAGAGUAGUGGAUAUCACUGUGUUGACAGAGUCACUAUAUAGUUAUAGAGGACAGAAGCAAAGGAAAAUUCUGUUAACUGUGGAACAGGUUCAAGGUCAGCAUUAUGUGCUUGUAUUAUGGGGUCCUGGAGCAGCCUGGUAUACUCAGCUUCAAAGGAAAAAAGAUUGUAUUUGGGAAUUUAAAUACCUUUUUGUUCAAUGCAACUGCAUACUGGAAAACUUAGAGCUGCAUACAACACUUUGGUCAUCCUGUGAAUGCCUGUUUGAUGAUGAUAAAAGAGCAAUUUCAUUUAAAGCAAAAUUUCAAAAAAAUACAUCAUCCUAUGUGAAGACAUCAGACUUAGCAACUCACCUAAAGGAUAAAUAUUCAGGAGUGGUUCUGAUUAAAGCCAAGGUUGCAGAGCUAGUGUUCACUGGUACAGCAGCUCAGAAGAUAGCUCUAAAUGCUCGAAGUUCUCUGAAACGCAUCUUCUUGUCUCUUCCCAACAUUACAUAUGCUGGCUGUGCACAGUGUGGUGUAGAACUGGGAACAGAUGAGAACAGGAUCUACAGACAGUGUCUCAGCUGCUUGCCAUUUGCUAGGAAGAAAUCAUUCUAUAGGCCGGCUUUAAUGACCAUUGUUGAUGGAGGACACAGUACUUGUGUCCAUGUAGGGUCAAAGAUGAUGGAGCAGAUUCUUCUCGGCAUCUCUCCAGAUUGCCUCAGCAGAGUGAUAGUGCCUUCCUUAGAAGUCACCUACGGCAUGGUUGCAGCAGACUUGCUCCACUCCUUGUUGGCAGUCAGUGCAGAACCUUGUGUGUUGAAGAUUGAGAGCUGUUUUGAGUUGGAUGAAAACAGCUACCCAUUGCAGCAGGAUUUCUCCCUACUGGAUUUCUGUCCUGAUUCAUGUAAGAUGUGGAGCCCAGCACUUUCUCUGAGGUCAGAGGAGGACACAGGAGGCAUUCCAAUGAAGGAGUGAUGAAAUAAUCUCUUUUAAAGAUUUAUUUAUUUUCUUACAUGUUUAUGAGUGUUGCCUGUGCAUGUCUGUGUACCGUGUAUGUGUCUGGUGCCCACAGAGGCCAGGAGAGUGUGCCAGGUCCCCUGGGACUAGUUGUGAGUUGCCAUAUGGAUUUUGAGAAAGUGCUUUUAACCAUACAACCUAUAUAAUCUGUGUUUUAGAAUAAAUGAAAUGACAGGGUUUUUACUCAGAAUUUUUUAAAAUAAAUAUUUUAUUAGCAUAAUAUAAUUGUGCUGACUAUGUAAGUUAAUCAUUAAAAAGAGAAUUCUGUAAAGCUUUUAUUAUUUGCUUUUUUGUUGGUAUUCUUUUUAUUCUGGAGAAAUGAUCUAGCAAUAAAGGCAGUAUAUCACAGUUCCCUGGGAA